AUGUCGCUUUCAUCCGAUAUGCGCGAUCGGUUUACCGAAAUCAUUGACUCCAUAUUGGCUAAAAGCGAUCUCAAUACGAUCUCCGAGAAGCGCAUCCGCAAGGGCCUACAGGAAGAAGUCGGCUAUGACCUCACUCCUCAGAAGACUGCUAUUAAGCAGCUAAUAAUGGAACGGUUCGAUCUCUACGCAGAGAAAAACGGUGUCGGCGAGUCGCCCGAACAACCGGUCAGCAAUGGCCACGAUGAUGAAGCUGCCUCUACCGUACGAUCACCGCCCCCAUCCUCGUCCCCCGUCAAACGCCAUACCGAUAGCGAUGAAGCAUCCAAUCGAAGUACAUCCCCUCCCCCAGCCAAAAAGCGCAAGCCAGAUACCGAUGUCGAUGCGGAUGCGCUGUUCGCCGCGAAGCUCCAAGCGGAAGAGAACUUGCGAGCGCGACCAACGCGGGGAGGAAGUUCACGUCGGGCAGCCCCAGCAAAGAAGAGGAGCAAAGCCAAAACCUCGAAAAAGGUUAAAGCGGAGGAUGAUUCGGAUAUUGAGUCAGGUUCAGACACCAAGAAAGAGGUCGUUCGGACGGGUGGUUUCCACAAACCACUCAAUCUCUCACCUGCCCUAUCUUCACUCUUUGGUGGUGAGAUCACGCAGCUCUCGCGGCCCCAAACAGUUAAGAGGGUCUGGCAAUACAUCCGAGAAAAUGAACUCCAGGACCCCAGUGAUCGGCGGCAAAUUCGCUGCGACGACGCCAUGCGUGCAGUAUUCAAACAAGAUCGCGUGCAUAUGUUCACCAUGACCAAGAUUCUCAAUCAAAACCUGUACAAUCCUGAUGAAUAG